GGUGGUGCCGCAAACCCCACAAAGAUCAACAAGUGGUUGAAAACUAGUAAGGAAUUAAUAACCCUCCAGGAACUCGACAAUUCCACUUGAAAAGCUGCGCAAGCCGAAUCACCACAGCCACGCUCACAGGUGCUCAACUGCCCAAAAUGGAUGACCUUGAUGUUUCCCUGGACAUUUUCGGGCAACAGCCGCUUCUCAGGAUAUACACUCAGCUCUCACUUUUCUUCCCAGUUGCCAAUGCGUCCUCUCAUGCGUCGAUCAUCACCACGUUGACCAACGGACUCGAGCGGCUGUCAGCGAGCUUCCCAUGGGUAGCAGGGCAGAUUGUCAACGAGGGCGCGGGCGAAGGCAACUCGGGCACAUUCAAGAUCAAGGCCUUUGAGAAAAUCCCUCGCCUUGUGGUGAAAGAUGCCAGGGAUGACCCCUCGAUGCCAACAAUGGAUGCCUUCAGGGACGCCAACUUCCCCUGCGCCAUGCUAGACGAGAGCCGGAUUGCGCCCCGCCACACCAUCCCAGGAGGUCCCGGCGAAACACCGUCGGACCCGGAGCCGGUGCUGCUCAUCCAGGUCACUUUCAUCACUGGCGGCCUCGUCCUCACCGUGGUGGCACACCAUGCUGCCAUGGAUAUGACGGGACAGGGCCAGGUGAUGCACCUCCUGUCAAAGGCCUGCCGGAACGAGCCCUUCACCAGCGAGGAGCUCUCGUCCGGCAACCUCGACCGCCGCACCAUCAUCCCCUUCCUCGACGACUCAUACAAACCCGGCCCAGAGCUCUCCAACCAGAUCGUAAAGCCCCCUCCCCCCACUGCCGACGCCACCUCGGAACCACGACCCCCACCCCCACCCCCUCCGACCUGCACCUGGUCCUACUUCACCUUCAGCGCCACCUCCCUCGCCGCCCUCAAAGCCACCGCCACCGCAACCCUACCCCCACCCACGCCCUUCAUCUCCACCGACGACGCCCUAACCUCCCACCUCUGGCAAUCCAUCACCCGCGCCCGCCUCCCGCGCCUCCCAUCCCCCUCCCCCCCCUCUCUUCUCACCCGCGCCGUCGACGCGCGCCGCCACCUCGGCGUCGCGGGCACGUACCCGGGCCUACUGCAGAACAUGACCUACCACGCGCUCCCUCUGUCCGACCUCGCCCUCUCGCCGCCGGGAUCGCCGGCGUCCGCCCUGCGCGCCGGCGUCGCCGACUCGGCGGCGCUGGGGUGGCGGACGCGGGCCCUCGCGACGGCGAUGGGGCGCGCGCGCGACCGGGCCGGGUUCUCGUUCACGGCGACGGUGGAGCCCGGGCGGGACCUGAUGGUCAGCUCUUGGGCUGGGGUGGGCUGCUUCGGGAUGGACUUUGGGCUCGGGUUGGGGGGUCCCGAGGCGGUGCGGCGGCCGCGGUUUGUGCCGGUUGAGGGUUUGGUUUAUCUGAUGCCGCGGGCGCCGGAUGGGGAGAUUGCGGUUAUGGUUUGUUUGAGGGAUGAGGAUAUGGAGAGGUUGAGGGCGGAUGGGGAGUUUGGUAGGUAUGCGAGGUAUGUUGGGUGAUGGUGGCAUAUGAGAAGUAAUGAUGAAAAGGAGAAAGGGCAUGCAAAGGGGAAGAUAGGGGAACCACAAGAGCACGGGACUUCACCAUUCUUCCUUCAUAACCUAGGCUUGUGAGACUUGGCGAACUCGAGCACCCUGUAUUUAUUUACGACCCCACGUAU